AUGCCAUCGUACCUCAUCACAGGCGCCAACCGUGGUUUGGGUUAUGGAUUCGUCCGACAGAUUGUCCGACAGGACCCAAACAAUCUGGUCGUUGGUCUCGUCCGGGACAAAGCCAGCGCCGACGCCAAACUGAGGAGUGAUGGUCUCAAGAACGUUCACUUUGUUCAGGGUGACAUUGCCGACUACGCCUCCCUCGUCAAGGCCCGAGAGGCCGUCUCCUCCAUCACGGGCGGUAAACUGGACUACCUGAUCAACAACGCCGCCUUGGUCUCCCGCGAGACCGAAUCCGAAGGCAUCGACGAAUGGCUCGACGACGCUGGCAUCGAAAAGAUCAACAAGGACCUCAGGGAUUCGUUCGACGUCAACGUCGUCGGCGUGGUCGACACGAUCAAUGUAUUCCUCCCACUGAUCAAGAAGGGGGGCGUGAAGAAGAUUGUGGUCAUUUCUUCAGGUAUGGCCGACCCCGACCUCGUCAACACCGGCAAGGUCCACACCGGCGCCGCCUACUCCAUCUCCAAGGCCGCCGUCAACCUCGCCGUGGCAAAGUACAACUCCCGCCUGGCCGACCAGGGCAUCCUCGUGUUUGCCAUCUCCCCCGGCGUCGUGUCGACCUGGGACGAGGGCCAGGGGGAACCCGCCGCCGUCGACGGCCUCCGUCGAUUGGUCCCCACGUGGCCGGGCCCGUUGACCCCGACCGAGUCGGCCGACGCCUGCCUCGAGGUCAUUCACGACUUCGGCGUCGAAAAGGGCAACGGAGGUUCCUUCGUCAGCCACCACGGCAACAAGGAGUGGUUGUGA